AUGAGAAGUCUGGAAGUGGAGAUGAAGCAGAGGUGUGGAGAGAUGGAGAUUGAGAUGAAGCAAAUAGAAGAAGAGAAGAAGCGGCGAGAUGAGACGGUGACAGAGGUGGCUGAAUUGAAGAAAUGGUUAAUGGAGAAAGGUGAUAGCUUUGAGAGUUAUGAGAAGGAAGUAGAGAGUUUGACGAAAGUGAGAAGUGAUAUUGAGAAGAGGUUUAGGGGAAUUGCAAGUCUGAGAGGAAGCUUUGAGUGA